UGUAAAUGUGAACUGUAUCCUGAGUUGCAGUCCUGUGCCUGCAUUCCUCUCAUCAAGGAUUUGCUUGAAAGAGAAAAAAAUCAUAAAUAAUAACACAGACUGGAAUACAGCGCGGAUCUAGCGGACGCUCGAGGACUUUUUACCACUCCUAAAACAACACGCUCUUCACGGAGGAUCGCGGGUCCCGGUGGAUAUUUGUGUUUGAGUAAUUCAGCUUUAGAAAGGACUACACACAGAUGAGAAGAAAAAUAAACAGAUACGUCGUUUUAAAUACGCUUUAAAACAGAAAAACAAGAUGGCUGAUGACAGUAAACGAUAGCUAACAAGGACAAAACGAAAUCGUCCCCUUUAAGAAGAAGAAGAAGAAGAAAGGUAUCUGGCGAUAAUACAUCAAUAUUUUAAGCGACUUAGCUCGAACAAAAAUGCUUGGCGUGACCGUGUUCACUAUUUUUAGCUAAAAAGAUGAACGCGGAGCAGCGCGAUCAAACGAGGGCAGGUAACGUUAGCUAAACGCUGGGACUAACCAUGGGAGGAAGGUUUAACGUCUCGGGAAAACCUUUAACGUUUAUGGACCACAGAUAGCGAGAGAAUCGGCGCUUCGGAUAGGCGAAAACUGAGUUUGAUCAGAAGAUAUUCGCGAGGAUCGCCGUAACAGGGAGCUUUAGGAGCCACACGAAAACGGAGCCAAAUGCGCAGGAAGAAGACCUUUAGCUAUUUUGAUAUCACAUCGCGACUGUAGGACCAGUUUGUUCUUGUUUUUUAGCUACAGACAGACUUCCUUAUAGCCAAUAGGGGUUUAUACUAGACUAUAGAAGAACAACUAGUGCUGCGUUUUUAUUUAUAUCUUACGAGUGAGAUAACCUAGCUGUAGGCUCACUUCUCCUGCGGGCUGAUAUAAUUCACCGUACACUGUGUGUGUGUGUGCAGCAUUCAAAUACACACAGUAGGCCUGUUAGCUAGAUAGAUAGAGAGAUAUACAGCUAUAACGCCGGGGCAAAUGUCAUAAGCCGUGGGCUCAGUGUGGCGUUAAUUCAUAUGUGAUUUGAGGGGAGGAGGGAGGGCUUUCUGUAAGUAACGUUAUAGGGGGGCUGCUUUUUCUUACCCCCACUGUCGUUUCAGGGAUCGGAUAUAGCCCGUUUCUAAACUCUGGACACGAACGGUAGGGGGUCACGUGCUAGUUUAAACUUUGUAGUUAGGUUUAAUGAUUAUGCAUGCCUCGUUUAACGUUACAUUUAUAGACAGCGAACCUUCAUUAGACUUGGUACAGGCAGCAGACCACCGUGUAGAUUUAGGCUAAUCCUCCCCUAAACUUCCAGAGCACAGUGAAGCAUCGAUCAGCGAGGUAGUUUAAACACCCUAGUUAACAGCUAGUUUACAUGGUGGUGGUGGUGAAACUGGUCCAUCAUAAAACGAUCUUUGGUGCGCUUUAUUGACACAUUCAGACACGUCCAAAAACAAAAACUACCCGCGGAUGAACAGCCUUUAGAUUUCUCUCAAUAAUUUAUUGGAAAAUCAGGGUUCGGUUCAGUUUGCGUUCUAAUCUAGCUAACAACAACAAGCACAGACUAGGACUGCGUGAUAUUUGGGGGGGAAACUGACAUGUAUGUAUUUUUUUACGAUACUAAAAAAAUACAGGAGUUUCACUAGAUUUUACAGGAAGACUCAUUAUACCAUAAUACACUCUAUAUACUCAAUAUUGGAGUAAAAUAAAUUGUACACAUUUUAAUGAUGCUGAAACAAUAUAUUGUGCAGCCUUAGCACGCACGCACUCGUACACGGCCAAAAAGAGGUUUGUUUCGUAACGGAGGAUCCUUUCAGGCUUUGGAGAGCCACGUCUCUGGUUUGCUCUAACAAAGCAGCGCAGGUUUGCGAGAACGCACUCACCGUCGCAAUCGUGUUGCAACACUUGGAUCACUGCUGCUGCUGCCGCCUGGCUCUGCUGCGGAAUUUGAUUGCUGACAAGUUGGAGAAGGGGCGGAAGAGGCGCUCCCUUUGGCAUGUUCACGUUGGUGGAGGCUGUUAGGCAGCUGUUUCUCUUCACUUCUCCGCCUGUGUGGACUACCGGAACAUACACACGUAUAGUUUUAUAAUUAAGUAAAUAAAUAAAGGUGGGGCAUCAAACUCUGGGCUUACUUUAGCUGGAAACCACGGGGGUGUUUUCCAACCCCCACAAGUCUCAAACAAACAUAGUUGACCCACAAGGUAGGAUGUCUACUCAAAUGGCUGAGAUGGCUGAGAACUGGAAAAACUGUUUUGAGGAGGAACUAAUUUGUCCGAUUUGUCUGCACGUGUUCGUGGAGCCCAUCCAGCUGCCGUGCAAACACAACUUCUGCCGGGGAUGUAUAAGCGAGGCGUGGGCUAAAGAAACGGGAUUGGUGCGGUGCCCAGAGUGCAACCACGCCUACAACCAAAAGCCAAACCUGGAGAAGAACAUUAAACUGACCAACAUCGUGGAGAAGUUCAACGCGCUGAACGCGGAGAAAAGCCCCAUGGUGCUGCAGUGCAUCCUGUGCAGACGGGGACCGGCGCUUCCAGUGCAGAAAGUGUGCCUGCGCUGCAACGCGCCGUGCUGUCAGUCGCACAUCCAGACGCACCUCCAGCAGCCCUCCCCAAACCCCGGGCACCUGAUGGUGGACGUCGAGGACUUGCGGGCCUGGACCUGCCCGCAGCACGACGAAUACAGACUCUUUCACUGCGAGGCGGAGCAGGUGGCCGUCUGCCAGUACUGCUGCUUCUCCAGAUGUGCGGCCAACCACAGCCAUGCAGUCUGCGACGUGGAGCUACGACGAAAUGAUAUAAGGGAAAUGCUGAUGAAGCAGCAAGACCGCGUCGAUAAUCGAGUGCAGGACAUAGAAGAGCAACUGUACAAGUUGGAGUCAGAUAAACGGCAGGUGGAGGAUAAGGUGGCGCAGCUGAAGGAGGAGGUGCGUAUGCAGUACCAGAAGAUGCAGCAGUUGUUGGAAGAGGACCUAGGAAAGACCCUGGAGGUGCUGGAAAAGGCACGCUCCAAAUUCUGCCAAGAAAACUCCAGCCAGGUACUGCAGCUCAACGAGAGGCACCAGGAGGCCAAGAAACUGCUGGGCUCCAUUCAAAUGGUGUUUGACAAGGCAGAUGAUAUCAACUUCAUGAAGAACACAAAAUCUGUGAAAAUAAUCAUGGAUAGAUCUCAGACAUGUAUAGGCAAUACACUACCUCCUUACAAAGCAGGCCACCUUAACUCCAAAAUCUUUCUUGCUGAGUGUUCCAAAAAGGAAAAGAGCCUGCGGAAAAUACUGGAAGCACCCUUCUCUGCGCCGGCACACUUCCUUCAGAGCGUUCCUGUCUACCCCUGCAGCGUGAGCAGCUCGGCACCUGAGAAACGCAAGCACUCGACUGCCUUCCCAGAAAGCAGCGGCAACUUCCUGGACUCGUCGCAGUCCUCCACCUCCUCGGGUCCUGUGAGCAAGCAGCAGUUUUUGGGUCCCAGCUCCAGCUCUGCUGACGGGCCGUCCUCCCAGCCGCCUCCCAUGGCUCCCUGCAGCUCGGCCCAGCACAUCGUGGGCUUAGGCGGCAACAGCACGGGUGCUCAGCCUGCCCACCAUUCCGGCUCUGUCUUCACGCCCUCUCACUACCCUAACGCCAGCUCCUCGCAGCAGACUGUGCUGCCGCAGUACGGAAGCCGCAAGAUCCUGAUGUGCACAAUGGACAACUGCUACUGCUCCAGUGUGCCAUCCGUGUCAGGUCAUCGUGGCCACACCCCCUACACACGCUCGGGCUCUUUCCCUUGGACACAGGAGUACUCGCAUUCCCUGCCUCCGGCGCCUUCUAUGGCCCAGCCCCUGCAGAGCCUGUCAGUGCGCGACUGGAUUGACGCUUCUCAGAGCCACAGGCACGCAGAAUUCUACGGCCUGUACAGCCAGUCCUCUACCAAACACUACGUCGCCAGUUAACCUUCCAUCAGUAUCAGGAGCGCACUUUUAAUUCCUCUCAGUCUCCUUCACUUUUAUGUUCACUUUCUGACUGCUUCUUUAUCUCUGUUGUGUUUAUUCUGUUUAUUUCUUUAAAAAGAAAAUAGGAAAUACAGUACAUUUGCAAACAUUUUGGCACUUUUAUAUUAGCUGACACAAAUCACGACACCCACCCAACCACGUAUCUCAUUAUCUUCCAUCCUAAAAAAGUCUUGAAAAGCUUCUGAAAUCCCUGCCUGCCACUGUGCAGAGCUUUUUUUAAAAGGGAAUCUUUCUGAAGAACUGAUGCGGUUGUGCUUUUAAAAUUACAAACAGAUCUUGGAUAAUUGCAGAUGCUGCUGACCCAAAGCAGAUAAUGUUAACCUGUAAAUGGGGCCAGUAAUGUGCACUCUCCCCACCCCCUCUUCCUGCCUUAAGGGUGUCUGGGGUGGAAGAAGAAGCCUCUUUUUUUUCAUUAUAAAUUCAGUCUGUUGUUCACUGUGUAACUGUAAUGAAAAACACAUCUCAUGUACCGUGUUUACAUGGUUUCCAAGCUCAUUAUUUUUAUUAAUGAGGAUGGCUAGUUAAUGGGGAAGUUGGAAAGAAAAGAGGAGAUAAACAAUAAAAAGAAGAUAAGGGACGACUGUUCUCAUAACUCACUUUUACCACAGCUCGAGGUAGUGUGUGUAACUUAACUCCACAUAGAAGGGGUUCUCAUCUGGGAUUGACCUCUCUUACUUAAAUGCCUGAAAGGCAAAAAGGUUUUAGUUGUUUUUCUAUCACGUUUACAAAUAUAUUCAUAUUUUUAUGAUUUGACAGGAGGCGGAGUAAGUUUUUGUCUUAAUUCUGUUCAGGAAGGAAUGCCCUGAAGGAAUCGAACAGCAUAGUCUGAAACUCAGAUACAGAUUGUAAUAAGGCUUUUCAAAGGCUUUUAAAAGACCCCUUGCAAAAGGCACAGACCUUUUAUAGACUUUUCUGGACUUCUCCUUCCAACUACUGCACCUGAAAUAUUCUUGUCCUGGAUUAUGCUUCCUGUUGGGUAUGGUUACUUCCUGCAUUAAAGCACAUGUACAGCAUGUUCAUGGGGAUCAGCAACUGCACUCUCACUUUUUGAUCACGCGAUUUCAUCUCCCGCUUUAAACCCUCGUGAGCUCUGGUAGAGCCUGUGGGUCUGUGUGGUCCCUGUGCGGUGCUGAUUGUCAGGAACAUGCUGAAAAUCUCCUGACUUCCUGUGAGUGACUUUUGGAGCAGUCCAAGAAGCCGUUCCACAUGCACCUAGAACUCCAAGAGGCUAAACUGAGGCUGCAUAGAAAAUGGUUGUUCACAUUUUUUCCCCUCAACAUGUGUUUUAUACAAGAGAACAGCAUGGACUGCUACACUUACGAACUUCAACUCAAUGUGCUUCGAAAGAGUAUUAAAUGUUGGUUGAGAAACAAAUGUAUACAGUACAAUCUUUUUGUACAUAUUUUGUGCAACACAAAAAUUCUGGCUCUAAUCUAAAAAGGAAAAAAUAAACAGUAAUUACUGGA